AUGUCAGAUAAUCUAGUUCAACAUUAUAUUAAUACUCAUGAAUAUUUAACAAUUAAAAUCUAUGAUUGUUAUUUAUUAUUUCAUCGAAAUAUUAUUCAACAUUCGAAUAAUCAUGAAUUAGGCUUAGAAUUACCACCAGCUAUUGUAGAAACAAUUUUUGGUUCAAAUCCUUUAUCAGUUAUUGAUGUGACGAGUACAUGUCAUGUUCAUCCAUCACUUUAUGAUAUAAUUAUAUUUGCUGAUAAAUCUGCUGUUUAUACACGAAAAAAAUUAUCAUCGAAAAUUAAUAAGGCUGUAAAACAAACAACGAAAUAUAAAAUACUUCCAUAUUAUGUACAUGAAGAUUUAGAGUUAUUAAAAUGUUGUGGAAUGUCAAAAGAAGAUAUUGAUUUAUUUAGAAAAAAACUUGAUGAUAAUCAAAAAUUAGAUUUUUUUACUACGAGUAAAUCUGAUGAAAUUCUUCAAAAAAUUAUUGAUUUUACUGACAUAUCAACGAGAUUAAAUUGUCGAUUAGUAUCAAGAAAAUGGAAAACACUUGUUGAUCGUUCAUCAUCAUGGAAUUAUGUAUGCUUGACAAAACUAAAUCGAUAUGUUAAUCGAGCGUUAAGUUAUUUUCAAAAAAUUAAUAUCCGUGAAUUGGAUCUUUCUCAGUUAUUAUUCGAACCGUUACAAUAUAAUAUAACAAGUGAUCUAUCAUUGUAUUCAUUACGAUCACUCUGUAUAACAACCGAUCAUCCACCUGAAUUAUUUAUCUUAUUAUUUCAAAUUGCACCUUUUUUACAGCACAUUAAACUUAUUCAAACCGUGAAUUCAUCAUUAAAAAUCAAAACUAUUCAGUUGUAUGAUUAUAUUAAUUAUAUUAUUUGUCUAUGUCAAAAUAAUUUAAAAUAUUUACGUAAAUUACAUAUUCAACUUCGAUCUGCAUUUGAUCAGAUAUUUCUCGAAUCAUCUUCCGUUACAUCAAUACCAGUAUCGUAUGAAGUCAUUACUUGUUAG